CUACAUCGAAGCCUCAGCCAUUCGUUACAGGUAUCGCACAACGCAACCCAACAAUCGUUCCCUCCAUGCUUGCAAGCAACCCGCCGCUGGCUAUGGCACGAUAAAAUGCCACGACUCACAUCACUGCGCAGCGAUAUUCCCGGUCGCGCACUCCCUCAUUGACCGAAAGCUCUCUCGGCCGGGCUAGGCUGAGAUGUCCCGACCCGUCACCAGAACCUAGAUACACAAUGGGGCAAGACAGACAAGCCGCCGAAGCGGAGGAGCGCCCUCCUCUGCCACCCAGGCCCUCGACAUCAGCCUCGGUCGAUCCCAAAAAUCUCCAAGCCCAGGCUACCACCGCCGUUACACCGCUGGAGAUACAAACCUUGUCGUUCCCCGAUGGAUCGCGAGGCACCUUUUCGACACCCGGCGCCCGGGCGGUGUCCAAUCCUAUGGACAGUGGAUCGUCUACGCCAAGAAGAGACAAGGACAGCGCGAGUCCAGAUAAUGACGACGCAGCGAGCGUGACAAGCUUCGCGCCUACCAUGCGACCAGCGGCAGACAUUGCGAGUCUCCUGGCUGGUGGCUUGCCCAAGAGGAGUCCAGCUUGGAAUCUGCUACGCACCCAAUCGUCCAAUGUACAUCCCUUUGAGAAGAGUCAGAGCGGCACGCCAGACAAGUUCGACGACUUUGCGCGAGAAUUCGAAGCACUCCCCGAGGAUUCUGGCGAACAGUACGGCGACGAGGAGCGGCUCGCCAUUUGGAAAUCCAAGCUCAAACAUUACAUGAUCAUUUCGGCCGCCGGAAAGCCAAUCUGGAGUCGACAUGGAGAUCUUGCCCUAAUCAACUCCUCGAUAGGGGUCAUCCACACCAUUAUCUCGUUCUACGAGGGCGCCAAGAAUCCACUGCAGGGUUUCACAGCAGGCCAGACUCGGUUCUUCGUCUUGACGCAAGGGUCUCUCUAUUUCGUAGCAAUCAGCAAGUUAGGCGAGAGCGACUCUCAGCUUCGGUUCCAACUCGAAGCUCUCUACAUGCAGAUCCUGUCAACCCUGACCCUACCGACAUUGACUCACAUCUUCGCCAACCGCCCGUCAAGCGAUUUGCGCAAACCACUACAGGGGACAGAGUCCCUCUUGUCUUCCCUAGCGGAUAACUUUACUAAAGGUUCACCCACCGCUUUGCUGGGGUCGUUGGAGUGUCUCAAGCUUCGAAAGUCGCAGAGACAUACGAUCAACAACACGUUCCUGAAGCACAGGACUGACAAGCUCCUCUACGGACUCAUUGUAGCAGAUGGAAAGCUUGUCAGUGUCAUUCGCCCGCGACGACACUCGCUCCACCCGAGCGAUCUGCAGCUCAUCUUCAACAUGUUGUUUGAAGCGGAAGGUGUAAGAGGCGGAGGCGGUGAGAAUUGGAUCCCACUCUGCUUGCCUGCGUUCAAUAACCGAGGCUACCUAUACAUGUACGUCAGUUUUCUCGACGAGGAAGGCCCAGACGUGAAAGUACCAGGCCAGGAGCAAGCAUCCCCCACGGCACCGGGCGAAGUAGCCAUGGUUCUCAUCAGCGCGGAGAAGGAGAGCUUCUUUGAACUUCAGCAGAUGCGCAGAGAUGUCGCGCAACAGCUGGCCAAGAGCGGGAGCCUCGCAAUCAUCCGUGCGGCGGCACGAGCGGGUCGCCCACGAGUGGAGGGGAUAGCGCCAGGAAGCCAUAUCAGCCACUUUCUCUUCAAGUCGCGUGCCAAUGUCCAGUACUGCAUGGGCUCCCUGGACGCUCUCUUCGCAGACCUGGAUGAGCGGAGAAAGCUGAUGACCAUUUACCAUGAACUGCAUGCGUCUGUGCAUGCCAAGUUGGCGCACCUCAAGGUCCUGCACUCGACGCGACAAGAUGCCACAGCCUUGGCCUGGAUCACGCCCGUCUUUGAAUUCUACUGCGUGGCUGGACCCAACAUGUCUAGGGCAAUGAUGACGCAAGGUGCGAAUAAGAUCAUCCAGUGGGCAAAGAAGGAGGAGGAGCGUUUGUUCAUCAUCGGAGGGGGUGUUUUCUGAUCCUGCCGUAGCUGGCCAGGCGGUAGGACACCGAAUAAGGUAUACCAGGUACCAGCCGAGUCUCUUCCCUCGAUUGCCUGAGGUUUCAGCGACUGUCAUCGACCGCAGCUUCCGUGAAAUGUUGCCGGCCACAUCAAGCGCACUCCAUCAUGUGAGACGGCGAAAAAGAAGGAAGGCGGAAGGCGUUCCAUGGUGCCAAACACCUUCCCUCGCAGAUAGAGCCCACGGUAUGUCCUCGUCC